CACAUUCGUUCAACCAUGGGGCAGAGUCGUCCCUCGUCAGUCAUCGCAGCUCCCAAGGCACAGGCUCUCGUGUCAUCAAAGCGGCCGGAGCCCACCUGUCGGCGACGCAGAGUCCCUGGAACACCCUGCACCUUUUGUGCUUUCUGCUCUCCUCACCACCCUCCGCACCAGCCAACCUCUUCUCCGUGUUGCUUGGCUCACCACGGCUCGAAUAAUCUCCUCGCAAAUUCCCUCCUCCCCACGCCACGACCAGAGUCCAAAGCUCCCACCUUUUCCCCGCCGAUUCCGACCCGCCGCGGAAUUCCGCGCACAACCCACACCGCCGAUCCCGAUCCCGAUCCCGCUCCCGGGCUCUUGUGGUGCCGCGAGGAGGCGCCCAGGUUACGUCUGUUCGAUUGGUGUGUAUCUAGUGGGGAGGACACUGUCCGAACUGCCAGCAUGGGGGGUGUAUUUGGGCGGCAUGGCAGCCACAAGCGGAGUUUUCAUGGUUCAAAAUUGGAGGCGAAGAUGGUGGAUGCCAUGCAGCAAAGAGCAUCGCAUGGAUCUUCGCUGAAAUCGUUCUAUAGUAUUAUCAUGCAGUUUCCUAAAAUUGAUCAGAGUUUUAGAAAAUGCAAGACUACCUUCGAGAAAUUUGAUGAAGAUUCUAAUGGCGAAAUAGAUAAAGAAGAACUGAAGCAUUGUUUUCAAAAGCUGGAAAUGCCAUUCACAGAUGAGGAGAUAUCUGAUCUCUUUGAAGCUUGUGAUAUAAAUGAAGAUAUGGGCAUGAAGUUCAAUGAGUUCAUUGUCUUUUUGUGCCUUGUUUAUCUUCUUAAUGAACCAGCUGUAUCAGAAACAAAGAUAAAGAUGGGGUUAGGAAAUCUUGAGGCAACUUUUGAGACCUUGGUUGAUGCAUUUGUCUUCUUGGAUAAGAAUAAAGAUGGGUACGUGAGCAAGGAUGAGAUGAUCCAAGCAAUAAAUGAGACCACGACUGGAGAGCGCUCAUCUGGGCGUAUAGCCAUGAGAAGAUUUGAGGAAAUGGAUUGGGACAAGAAUGGGAUGGUGACCUUCAAGGAAUUUCUGUUUGCAUUCACUCGCUGGGUAGGGAUUGAUGAAAACGAGGACGAAGGCGAAUGAGGACUGUGAAUACUGGUUGUUCUUCAAGUGAUACUGGUUGUACACAAAACCAUCAGCCCCUGAAGAGGCUGGAAAUGAGUAACAGCUAAAAGUAGUAGUUGGUGUUCAUUCGUUGCUUGUUGAUCUUGGUUGUCUACGUUCUUGUUAAUAUAAUGUCUCAGCAUGUUCCUAUUAGAAUGACUUACAUGUCUAUACACAGUUACCAAGUACUAAAGGAAAAAAAACCCCUCUUAUGUCAGUCUUUUGUGUACACAUUCUGAUGUGGGAAAUGUUUGUUCUAUACAAUGGCUUGUACUUUUGCUGAUGGAAUGAGUCCACUUUUAUUUAUUUAUUUUUGUUGUUGAA